ACCAAGACAGGACUCGAGGUUCCUCUUCUCGGCAACAGUAAUACUUCUCCUCUUCUUCUCUUCCUCCCAUCGCCUCUUCCCCAUAUCUUGCACCAUUCUUUCUUUCCACACAAUUCGAGCAAUAGGGCUCCGAUUCCCUAUCAGAGCCAUGGCGUCCCUCGCAUUUCCUACUCGCGAACUGUACUAUGACGGCAAGACCCAGCCUGCCUCCUCAGGCAAAACCUUCCAAUCCAUUAAUCCCUCCAACGCAACUCCCUUAGCUGAGAUCCAGGUUGCUUCGCAUUCCGAUGUAGACGCGGCUAUCACUGCCGCCGACCGGGCUUUUCCCUCGUGGUCUCAAACCCCACCCAUUGCGCGUGCCCGCAUCCUUCAGAGAGCCGCCGCCCUGCUCCGCGAGCGCAACGACGAUAUUGCUCGCGUCGAAACGCUCGACUCGGGCAAGGCCUAUACUGAGACAAGUACUGUGGACGUUGUCACCGGAGCCGAUGUCGUUGAAUAUUAUGCGAACCUGGUCGGCGGUGGUGGGCUAAAUGGAGAGACCACGCAGUUGAGAGAAGACGCCUGGGUGUACACCAAAAAGGCUCCGCUGGGUGUCUGCGUGGGAAUUGGGGCUUGGAACUAUCCCAUACAGAUUGCGCUUUGGAAAUCUGCCCCCUGCCUGGCCGCAGGCAACACUAUGGUCUACAAGCCAAGUGAAUUUACCCCGCUGCACGCGCAGACGCUGGCCGAGAUCUAUACAGAAGCCGGUCUUCCAGCCGGUGUGUUCAACGUCGUUUACGGCGCAGGCGAUGUUGGGGCUUACUUAACUGCUCACCCGACAAUUGCCAAGGUCUCUUUCACAGGCCAAGUAGCCACGGGCAUGAAAGUGGCCGGUUCAGCCGCUGGCAACAUGAAAUAUGUCACCAUGGAGUUGGGUGGCAAGAGCCCACUCAUCAUUUUGCCGGACGCCGAGCUUGAGAACGCCGUAGAUGGGGCCAUGAUGGCUAACUUCUACAGCACGGGCCAGGUGUGCACCAAUGGUACUCGAGUCUUCGUCCCCGCUGGCAUGAAGACCGCGUUCGAAAAGCGCCUUUUGGAGAAGAUGCAGUACAUCCGUCCUGGGCCCUUGUUUGAUGAGUCGACCAACUUCGGCCCCUUGAGCUCUGCCGUACAUCUAGAGAAGGUUAUUUCCUACAUUCGCCAUGGCAUUGAGACAGACAAAGCUACCCUGCUCUAUGGCGGAUUGGGCAAGCCAAAUGUUCCGACUGACUUGGGAUCCGGCUUCUGGGUGCGCCCGACGGUAUUCACAGACUGCACGGAUGAUAUGCGUAUUGUUCAAGAGGAAAUAUUUGGCCCCGUGAUGUCUAUCUUAUUCUACGAAACGGUGGAAGAAGCGGUCAGACGAGCGAAUACCACCGAACUCGGUCUGGCUGCGGGAGUCUUCACCAAGGAUCUGAACCUGGCCCACCGCAUUAUCGACCAGCUGCAGGCGGGCAUUACCUGGAUCAAUAGCUGGGGUGAGAGCCCUGCUGAGAUGGCCGUCGGUGGUUGGAAGAAGAGCGGGGUGGGUGUUGAGAACGGACGCAAGGGUAUCGAGGCGUGGGUCAAAAAUAAGAGCACCCUUGUUGAUAUGAAUGGAGCGGUGGCGACCGUCUUCGCGAAGCUGUAAUUAUGACAUUAAUUUGGAAUGUUAUAUAGAAUACCCUCUC